ACACAUCCGAUCAACCAAAUGUCAUCGAGGAAAAUAAUAAAACAAAUAAAUAAAAUAAUAAUAAUUUUGAAAAAUGAAAAAUAAUUGGGUUGCUCUCGCUCUUUAACUAGGGUUUCACUUCCAAUUAAGCUUACAAUUCAUUUUCUCUUUCAUUUUCUGUCGAUACGCAAGCUCGGUUACACCUGAAUUUUUUCCUUCUAAUUUACAGAUAAUAGGCUUGUAAAUAGAAGAUAAGCAUUUCACUAACAUUUUACGGGAGUUAAUCAAGACGGUAAAAGGGUUAUGCCCAGUAUGGAAAAUGAUAGUUCUAAUGUCCCACGAGCCGAAGAAAUCAAAGACCAAGCUAAUGAAGCGUUUAAAGCCCACAAAUAUGGCCAGGCUAUUGAAUUGUACACACAGGCGAUAGAGCUAAAUAGUAAGAAUGCAGUAUACUGGGCAAAUCGUGCAUUUGCUCACACCAAAUUGGAAGAGUAUGGUAGUGCCAUACAGGAUGCUACAAAGGCAAUUGAAGUUGAUCCUAAAUAUUCAAAGGGUUAUUACAGACGAGGUGCUGCUUAUCUUGCAAUGGGGAAGUUUAAGGAAGCCCUAAAGGAUUUUCAACAGGUAAAAAAGAUUUGUCCCAAUGAUCCUGAUGCUACCAAGAAAUUAAAGGAAUGUGAGAAAGCAGUAAUGAAAUUAAAAUUUGAAGAAGCAAUUUCUGUAACUGAAUCUGAGAGGCAUUCUGUAGCUGACUCUAUUGACUACCACACGAUAGGGAAGAGUCCCAAUUCACCAUCCAUGCGCACCCAAGUGGCCUUAGCGGCAGUUGCAGUAGCAUUUGUGGCAGCACUAGUGGUGAUUGUGGGGGCAGCAGCCGCCACAAAGGUGGCAGCAAUAGUGGGGGUGGCUCUAGGGACAUGGUGGUGGGGUGGAUCUGCUGAGGUGGAGCCACAAUAUUCAGGUGCAAAAAUAGAUGGAGAUGUUGUUACUUUGGAUUUUGUUAAGAAAAUGAUGGAUGACUUCAAGAAUCAAAAGUGUUUGCAUAAAAGGUAUGCCUUCCAGAUUGUCUUACAAACGAGAGAAAUGUUGCAGGCUCAGCCCUCUCUUGUUGAUAUUAAUGUUCCUGAUGGCAGUCAUUUCACUGUAUGUGGUGAUGUUCAUGGUCAGUUCUACGAUUUGAUAAAUAUUUUUGAGCUUAAUGGUCUCCCUUCAGAAGAGAAUCCAUAUCUCUUUAAUGGUGACUUUGUGGAUAGAGGAUCUUUCUCCGUGGAGGUCAUCCUCACACUGUUUGCAUUUAAGUGCAUGUGUCCAUCAGCUAUUUAUCUUGCUAGAGGGAAUCAUGAGAGUAAGAACAUGAACAAGAUAUAUGGCUUUGAGGGUGAAGUCAGGUCCAAGUUGAGUGAGACAUUUGUGGAACUCUUCGCAGAAGUAUUCUGUUGUUUGCCUUUGGCUCAUGUAAUAAAUCAAAAGGUUUUUGUCGUACACGGAGGUCUUUUUAGUGUUGAUGGGGUGAAACUUUCUGACAUCAGAGCAAUAGAUCGGUUUUGUGAGCCUCCUGAGGAAGGGUUGAUGUGCGAAUUGCUUUGGAGUGAUCCACAACCUUUCCCGGGACGAGGUCCUAGCAAGAGAGGAGUAGGUCUUUCAUUUGGUGCAGAUGUGACGAGAAAAUUUUUACAGGAUAACAAUCUAGAUUUAGUUGUGCGAUCGCAUGAAGUAAAAGAUGAAGGUUAUGAGAUUGAGCAUGAUGGUAAACUUAUUACUGUUUUCUCUGCCCCAAAUUAUUGUGAUCAGAUGGGUAACAAGGGUGCAUUUAUUCGCUUCGAAGCCCCCGAUUUGAAGCCAAAUGUUGUUACGUUCUCAGCAGUGCCUCACCCUGAUGUCAAACCGAUGGCAUACGCAAACCAUUUCCUCCGAAUGUUCCAAUAAAACCAUCCUGUAUGAUCUUCUGCUUUGCAAUGUCUCCACUGCUCGAUGGUAAUUUGUUCCAGGAGGCAGCUCGAGCAGUUGUAAAUGUUGACAAAUGCAGUUUAAUUUAUGUUUUUAUUUUUAUUUUUACCUACAAUGUUGGUCUCCGCGAUUUAUUUUAAGAAUUUCAGGCGUGGGGUUCAUUAUGAAAAUUUUACGCACUUUAAUCCAAAAGCCAGUUCAAGGUGGGGAAAAAGAAGAGAAAAAAAAACUGGCUAGUCUGAUAGCAUUGUAAAAUGGGUGACUUCUAUUCCAUGUCUUUGUAUUUAUAACAUUUGUCCUCCUUUUUACAUUCAAUAAAAUUGUUAUGUUUCUUAUUCGUAGGUG